UUUCAGUAUACAGAUGGAAGUGAGACGUUUGGUUUUUAUGUAUCUAAUUUUCUGUAUUUUGACACAAUUAUGGGGCCGUCUUUGGUCACUAACUCUUCCGCCCCAAUUGUUUUCGGGUGUAGCACCAAUCAGUCUGGGGACUUAAUUAUGCCAGAUAAAGAAAUUGAUGGGAUUUUUGGGUUUGGUCGACAGGGUCUGUUUGUCAUAUCACAGUUGUCAUCCCGAGGGAUUACUCCCAAGGUUUUCUCCCACUGCUUGAAAGGAGAUGGCAACGGUGGCGGAUUAUUAGUUCUUGAUGAUAGAGAGCCAAAGCCACACCAAAUUUGAACAACACAGGCCUGAUAUCUCUAUUCUCUUUCACCAUCCUAAUUGAAAAACUCUAAUCUAGACACAUAGAUACAGAUAUAUACGCAUAUAUGAAGAUCAUGGGUCCUCUUCUUCAUCAUCUCCCAUCUACACGCCCAAAUUCAGAAAAAAUCAAACGACCCAUUU